AUGACUUCUGAAGUAAAGCGAAAGCUUUGCCAGGGUAUCGCAGCAUUCCUUAGGCACGAAUGCUUAAAUGGUCAACACUCAGAAGACAUUAUUGAGAGCUUAGAGGUUGCUAGGCAAUGCAUUGAAAGUGCAUUUGACGUGUCAGGUGAUUCGAAACCUGAAGUCGAUUUGCUAGCUUUGGUCGGAAAACAAACAACUUUUAGACCUACUGUUCGACAAGUUACCUCAGAAGAAAAGGCUAAAGCAGAAGUCUUUAAAACACAAGGAAAUUCCUUUGUAUCCUCUGAGAAGUUUCAUGAAGCGCUGGAAUGCUAUAACAAAGCCAUCGCUUUGGAUCCAUACAACGCUAUAUACUACUGCAAUAGGGCUGCAGCUAAUCAUCGUUUGUUGAAGUUCAGUGAAGCAAUUUCUGAUUGUGAGAAGGCGUUGGAAAUUGAUCCAGCAUACAGCAAAGCCUAUUCAAGAAUGGGAAACACCUAUUGCAGUAUGGGUAACUACAGUAAGUCUGUUGAGGCCUACAGAAAAGCAGUGGCUCUCGACCCUAACAAUGAGAACUUUAAACAAAAUCUGGAAAUUGCUGAGGCAAAAGUGAAAGAAAAUCAGCAGCCUUCAACGAGUCCUAAUCUGGGUGGUCUUGAUCUUGGUUCUUUACUUAGCAAUCCGGUGAUGCAAAAUAUGGCCCAGCGUUUGAUUAACGAUCCUCACAUGCAAACGACUGUAAGCAGUAUGAUGCAAAAUCUUCUCGGUGGUGGUAAUGCUCCUGCGGCGCCAACCGCAAACUCCGAACACACUGGCACAGGUCCAUCAAUUCCUGCCAUGGAUGAUCUCCUGCGAUACGGCCAGCAGUUCGCGCAGCAAAUGCAAGAAGCUAAUCCCGACCUCGUGAAUAGUCUGCGUCAACAAAUGCAAAAUUUGGGCGGUGGCCAACAACCCAACGGCGGUGAACCAAGACCCCCGAAUCCCUAA